AUGAGUCAACCAUCAUUAUUAAAUCAACUAAAUAAUAUAGUUGAUAAAGAAUCAUGUGGUGAUUAUCUUUUAAUUGAUAUUAUAGGUAAAGGUGGAUUUGGUGUAGUUUAUAAAGGGUUACAUAAAACUAAAGGUUAUUUUUCGGCAAUUAAAAAGAUUAAAAUAAUGAAAAAGAAGAAAUUACAGAGUGAAUCACAAAUAUCGUUAAUGGCAGAAAUUAAUCUUUUAAAAGUUUUAUCACAUCACAAUAUUGUCAGAUAUUAUGAACAUAUUCCAUCAUCUUCUCAUUCAUAUAUUGUUAUGGAGUUUAUAGAGAAUGGAUCAUUAGAAAAAAUAAUUAAAAGACAUGGUUUGUUACCCGAAAGUUUAGUAACAGUUUAUAUAGCACAGGUUUUAAAUGGUUUAGAAUAUUUACAUAGACAGGGUGUAAUUCAUAGAGAUAUUAAAGCUGCAAAUUUAUUAAUUAGUACAGAUGGUUCAAUUAAAUUAGCAGAUUUUGGUGUAGCAACAAAAGUUUCAGAUUUAAGUUCAGAUAAUCCAGAUGAUACAUUUGCAGGUACACCAUAUUGGAUGGCCCCAGAGGUUAUUCAAAUGCAAGGUAUAUCAACAGCAUGUGAUGUUUGGAGUUUAGGUUGUACAAUCAUUGAAUUAUUGACAGGAACACCACCCUAUUUUGGAUUAGCACCAGCUGCUGCAUUAUAUAAGAUAGUUCAAGAGGAUCAUCCACCAAUACCACCAGGAAUUUCAGCGGCAUUAAAAGAUUUCCUAUUAAAUUGCUUCAAAAAGGAUGAGAAUAUACGUAGUUCCGCAAAACAACUUUUACAUCAUCCUUGGGUGAAAUCAGUACAAAUUAGGAAUCCUGAAACUCAAGCUCCAAAAAAUGCCCGUCAAGAAAUUCUUUCCUAUAAUGCUCAAUUACAAGAUAUCAUUCAAGAUAAUAAUAGUAACAUCACUAGACCACGUUCUUCUGCUGUAGUUCAACCACCAUCACCUUCUCAAUUAGUACCACCAUUAACAAAUAUGAAUAUUUCUUCAUCAAAUGAUAAUAAUAAUAAUAAUAAUAAUAGUAGUGCCACUAAUAAUAGUCCAAAUAUUUCUUCAACUACUACUAAAAAUAAUAGUAGUACCACUAAUAAUAAUAAUAAUAAAUUAACAUCACCAUCAUUAUCAUCAUCAUUAUUACCAAUACCAGCAACAAGUACAUCAACAGUUAAUCAAAAUAAAGCUUCACCAACAUUAAAUUCAUCAUGGUCAGCUGUACCAUCAAAUAAAAUUAGUCAAACAGUAAAUUCAAUUGAUAAAUCAUCAUUAAAUAAAAUUAAUAAUGGUAGUGGUCAACAUGUUCAAAUUGCUUCUCCACGUAAAUUAUCGGCUGGUCAAAAACAAUCAAUACAACCAAAUAUAAUUGCUGCCGCUGCAACAACAACAACAACAACAACAACUACUACCACUACUAAUGCAGCCACUAAUACUACUACUACUACUACACCAAGUUCUACAAAUACAGGAUCAAAUGUAACAUCACCAGUUGUUUCAGCUAUAUCAACACCACCACCAAUUCCAACUACACCAUUAUCACCAAUGAUGAAAUCACAAGAACAAUUGAAUCAAGAAAAAGAGAAAAUAAAUUUACAUUUAAGAAAAUUCUCAGAGAAAGAAAGUGAUGAUGAAUUUGAUAAUAUAGUAUUACCAAAUUCAACAAUAUGUUUACAAAAAUUACAACCAAUACUUAGUCAUAAACCACCAAUUCAAUUACAACGCCAACAAAGUUUUAAUGCUAAUAAUAAUAUUAGCAAUAGCAAUAGCAAUAAUAAUAAUAAUAAUAAUAAUAAUAAUAAUAAUAAUAAUAAUAAUAAUAAUAAUAACAAUAAUAGUAAUAAUAAUAAUAGUAGUAAUAAUAGUAAUAAUAAUAGUAAUAGUAAUAGUAUUAAUAGUAGUAAUAGUCAUAAAUUAAAAUUAUUAAAAUUUAAUAAAUUCACUGAAAAGGAUAACGAAGAUGAUGAAACUGAUUUAGUAUUUGAUCAAAAAGUUAGCGAUACAAGUAGAUUUAAAGUUAGAAAUCAAAAGAAAGAUUGGGAUGAUGAAUUUGAUAAUUUCGGUUCAAGUGGUGAUGAAUCUGAAUCUUCAACAGCAACAACAAAUGCAGCAAUAAAUUCAAAUAUUGCAAAGAAAAUACUACCAUCAAAUAGAAUCAUUAGAUAUAGUAGUAGUGGUCAACUUAAACAACAACAACAACAAUUACUUCUACAACAACAACAACAACAACAACAACAACAUUUACAACAACCAUUAUCGCCAUCAGAAAUGAAAUUAAAAGUUAAAGAAACUUCAGAAGAAUGGGAUACAGAAUUUGAAGAAUCGUUUGAUACAAUAUCAUGGUCAGAAGCAGAUAAUCAACGUACAAUUAAUAUUCAAGAUAAAUAUAGAGAACAAGUUGUUAAAACCAUUGUUGAAUUUAUAUUACAAUUGAAACCAAAUCAACCAAAUGAUGUUUUAAUUGAUACUUGUCAAAAGUUAACAGACCUUUUUCAAACCUAUCCAGAUGAACGUAAAUUAUUAAUUAGUAAUGGUGAAGGUGGUGUUUAUUUUAGACUACCCAUCAUUACGAUUCUAGAGAUUUUAGAGGACAAUUGCUGUUGUAAUAGUGAUACGCCAAGCGAUGUCAUAACGACAACCUAUCAUCAUAAUAACAACUCCGAUACGUUUAGUGAAGACUUUUCAAAUGUUGAAUUGGUAAUCAAUCUAUUAAAACUAUUGAACCAAUCCAUUAUAAAGGAGAAAGAUAUUCAAGAGACUAUUUGUUUAAUGAAUGGUAUUUCAAUCAUAACUAAAUUGGCAACCAAACAAUUUGAUGAACUCAUUAGAGAGGAAGUAUCAAAAUUCGUAUUACAACUAUGUAGCUAUUCAACCUAUAGUUUAAAUAUGUUCAUUACGGGUAGUCGUGGUUGUAAAGUAUUAGUAGAUCUAUUAGAUAGUGAUUAUUUCAAUGGCUUCACAUUAAUUCAUAAUUCAUUGGAUGCAAUCUCUUUAAUUUUUAAAAUGAAUACAGCUUCACCAAAAACUGCAUUAUGUCAUUUAUUUGCAAAAACUGCAUUAAUGUAUAGAAUUUCUUACCUUUUAAAUCAAAUUUUUAAUUCAAGCGAUAAAUCUGCAACAAGUAAAUCUCAACAAUUUCAACAAAAACAAAUUCAACAACAACAACAAUUAUUAUUACAACAGCAACAACAACAACAACAACAACAACAAUUAUUACCAUCAUCAUCAUCACCAAAUUUAAAAUUUCCAGUAUUAUCUAAAUCAUCAAGUGUAAAGAAUUUAAGUAAAGAUCAAUUUGAUAAAGUUUUAGCAUAUAGUGUGAAAGCGGCAGAUAUUUUAUUAUUUUUUUCAACAGGUGAUUCAUUGGUAAAGGAAGAGAUGAGUCAAUCCAAUGUUAUUAAAUAUAUUGUAAAUGUAUUGGAUGAAAUUUAUACAUGGAAAACCAUUGGUAAUAAUAUUAGAUCAUUCCUAUUGAAAAUAUUAAAAGUUAUAAAGAAUCUAUCAAUGGAUCCAAAUGUUCGUUCAAGAUUAGAUGAUGCUGGUGUAAUCCCACCAUUGAUAAACUAUUUGAAGAAACAUGGUGGUAUCGAUAAGAUUACAGAGAUUCAUAAUCAAGCAUUACAUUCACUUUAUUAUUUAUUAUUAUUGGAUAGAAGUAGACAAGAGAAAGCAUUGAAAUCAUCAAUACUUGAACCAUUGCUAACUAUCAUCGAAGAAAGAGGUCCAUUAAAAGAAUUGGCCUUACCGAUACUAUUCGAUUUGGUUAGAUCUUGUAAUAAUAGAUCCCUACUUUGGAAAUGUAAUACCAUCGAUAAACUAUUGGAUUUAAUUGAGGAUAGAAAUUGGUUUGCUGAUGCAAUAGAAUCAAUUUCAACUUGGGCAACUUUAGAAUCUAAAUUAGUUUUUGAAAAAUUAAAUAGUGGUGGUACAAUAUCUCCUUUAACAUCGACAUCAACAUCAACAUCAACAUCAAAAUCAUCACCAUCAUCAUCAUCAUCAUCAUCAUCAUCAUCAUUAUCAACAUCAACAUCAACAUCAUCAUCAUCAUUACAAUUACCAACAUCAUCAUCAUCAACAUCAUUUGAAAAUCAUAAUAUACCAUUAAGAUUGAUUGGUAUUUUAAAUAUUAACCAUAUUAAACAUCCAUCAUUUCAAAAAUCAAUUAUACCACUUUUUAACCUUAUAAAUGGUUCACAACAAUUGUUAAAAUCUCUCAUCAAUGAGGGAUUAGUAAAUUCUUUGGUAGAGUGUCUUAGAGUAGAUAGUUCUCCCGUUUCAAAAAUUACUUUAUUAAAAAUCACUGCCUCCAUUGUACAAUCACCAUCAUUAUUACUUGUAGAUAAAGAACAAACAAACUCACUAUAUCAAAUUUUAAAUGAAAUCUCUAAACAAGAUGAAUCUGAAAUCGUUAAAAAAAUUGCAGAAAAUUUAGUUUUAGAAUUAAAUAAAUAA